CACACCACACCACAAUUCGCAUAUAGCGACAAUGAGGUGCAAGGACACUACCAUUGCACUACUUUGUAAUUCAGGAGUAGCGACAGCUCAAUGCUUAAUGCUCAAAUGGUCGAACGAUUUUUCUUGGUCAGCCAAACCCAUCUUCACCGGAACCAAUCUCACCCAAUAAUGCUUCUCUCUGGUCCCCCUUCCUCUGGGAAGAGCUCUCUGCUAUUUCAAUUCGCAUUUAACUCGGCGGCAUUAGAGAGCAACGGUGUGGUUUUGUUCCUCUGCAACCGUCGCAAAUUAGAAAGCAAUCCCCCUUAUCUCUCUCAGGGUAUUGAUCCAUCUUCUGACAUAUUUCAGCGUAUACAGAUGAAAUAUGUGGAUGAUGAUGAAGGGAUCAAGAAGUACUUUGCUGCAUUCCACCUGCAUGAUAAAUUUCCUGUUACAGUAAUUAUUGAUGAUUUUGGAGAUUUCUUUGAAGAUAGGAACUGCCAAGAGAAAUAUAAUAGUCCACGCGGGAGGGACAUAGCAAUGGUCCGAAUUCUUGCUCUAUGUCACAAUGCGAUAAUUCAUGCAAACGACGCGGGACCAUGCAAGCUUCUUCUGUCUGAUACACACCACGCAGACUCCCCAAGGUUGCUCUUCAUUUAUAAGAGAUGGAUCUCAUCCAUUUUCACCAUUAAAGGUGAUGGUUCUGGAUCAUUUCUUAUGAAAAAUAGCUUCCGUUUGGGAAAUGCCGGCUUGGAGAGGAUGAGAACUGCAAAGUACUCCAUAGCGCUUCAGUAUCUGGUUUUGGAAGGUAUUACUGAAGACACAGAGUAGUUAUAUUGUUGGUGGAUUACAUAUAUAGUGAAGGCCCUUUUCUCUCUUUUUAAGUUCAGAAUGGUAUAUAAAUCCUUCUAUAUAUUGUUAUGUUACUAGUCUUCACUCAUUCCCCCUAAAUAUCUUAUUUUCAGUUGCAACGUAUAUCUUAUAUUCUCGAAUAAAUUAUUUCAUGGAAUCAUUUCUCUUAAUUUCAACCUCCUAAACUGCCCUCAUUCUUCUUGCUUGUUAUAUUAGCAUGUUUUUACACCCGUUGUUCGCACCAUUCAGCCAUUCAAGGUCUUGUUACUGUUGAAUGUUUUGAUUUAUAAACUGGUUCGUGUGGUUUUCAGGUUUUAUGCCUAUUUUUGGAUAUGCAAUAAUUGAAAAUUUUAAGGUGCAUCACUUGCCAUUGCCAGAAAUUGUACCAGUCAUCGAUGCAUUAACUUGUCACAUUUCUUUUGUAGGAAUUCUAAUUCUCUUAGGGUAUUAAUCUGAUAUAUUUCUAUGGCAUUUCAGCAAAGCCAGAAAGAAAGACUGAUUAUAAAUUUUUCUUAGACUUCUAGCAGUUGGGCCUUGCUAGGGUUUUUACCAUUAACAUUCUGAACUAGGGUUUGCAAACAGUAAGAUAACAUCAGCUUGAUUUCUGUUUCGGUUACACUGCUGAAUAUUAUUCUCAUAAAAACCAAAACAGGAUUAAAAAAAAAAAAAAAAACACUAAGAUUACAACUGCAUAUUUUAUAUGUACAUCAUUAUCUACUUGUAUACUCCACUUUGAUAUUCAGGCUCACAGAAUUCUCCU